AUGACUAGGUAUAAUGACUCAUUGAAAACAGAAUUUAUCCUCAUGGGGUUUACAGAUCAUCCAGAUCUGAAGACCCUUCUGUUUGUAGUGUUCUUUAUCAUCUAUCUGAUUACCAUGGUGGGAAAUCUUGGUUUGGUGGCACUGAUUGUCUUGGAACGUCGUCUUCACACACCAAUGUACAUCUUUCUGGGCAACCUAGCUCUGAUGGAUUCCUGCUGUUCCUGUGCUAUCACACCCAAGAUGUUAGAGAACUUCUUUUCUGAGGACAGAAAGAUUUCCCUCUAUGAAUGCAUGGGACAAUUUUACUUCCUUUGCCUUGCUGAAACUACAGACUGUUUUCUUCUGGCAGCUAUGGCCUAUGAUCGUUUUGUGGCAAUAUGCAGUCCAUUGCAGUACCACACCAAGAUGUCAAAGCAACUCUGCAUUCAGAUGAUCAAAGGGUCAUACAUAGCUGGGAACUUGCAUCCCAUGAUUCAUGUAGUACUUUUGUUAAGGUUAACUUUCUGUAGGUCUCAUCAAAUAAAUCACUUUUUUUGUGAUGUUCUUCCAUUAUAUAGACUCUCCUGUGUAGACCCUUUUAUCAAUGAACUGAUGAUACUUGUCUUUGCAGGAUCAAUCCAGGUCUUCACUAUUACCAUAGUCUUAAUAUCUUAUAUUUGUAUCCUUUUCACUAUUUUCAAAAUGAAAUCCAAAGAAGGAAGAGGAAAGGCCUUAUCUACUUGUGCCUCUCACUUUCUCUCUAUCUCAAUAUUCUAUGGUUCUCUUCUCUUUAUGUAUGCUAAGCCAAGCUCAGCUAAAGAAGGAGAUAAAGAAAUACCAGUGGCUGUUUUUUACACUAUAGUAAUUCCUUUAUUAAAUCCUUUCAUCUAUAGUCUAAGAAAUAAAGAAAUAAUAAAUGUUAUGAAAAGAAUUGUAAUGAAGAGAAACCCUCAGGUUCUAAAACAAGUAUCAUCUCCUGUAACCCACUGA